GGCAGUUGACCACUGGCCGGCAAGAAAGCCGCACGCAGGCGCGCUUGCACGCACCGAAUAAAAAAAUAAAACGUCUAUGGUUUGUUGCGCGCGAAAAUUUGACUUUUAUAAUCUGUGCAGUGCAGUGUACUUUAUUUGUUGCAUGUUUUGAAAAUUGUUUGAUUCAAUUUGGAUUUUUUUGGUGUUUUAAUUGGACUUUAUUAUGGUGGUCUGGAUAGUUGGUGAAGGUGUGUCAAAAUGCUAAUAACUAUUGGGCCCAAGGCCCACCGACUUCAAAAGACAUGGUGACGUGCGACAACGCAAGCGCGCCUCUAGGCGGGUUCCGCCUGGGCCCGCGCGACGAGGACGCGAGCCGCCGUGCGCGCGCGCCGUCCGUCUCGUCGCUCUCCUACAAGCACAAGAUAGACGCCUUGUUCGACGACUCGCGCUCUGUGGCGAGCAAUCAGUACGCGCCUGUGCAGCAUCUUGACAGAGAUUCUAAGGUAAAUUCGACGCACGAAGGCAAAGUAACGAUCUACGAAGAUGACGACGGCUACUGUCAGAGCAAGAUUAGCAAUGCCAACAACACAGUGCAGGAUCGCAUAGAACGCAUGUUCGCGGACAUGGCGGGCGAGUCCAAGCAGCUGGAGAGCAUCGGCGUGCACCUGUUCAACGUGCACUACCUCGGCUCCACGCCCCUGCACAGCAAGGUCACCUCCCUCUCCGGCCUACAGACACCCCUCAGGGACCUCUACUUCACCUACAGAAGAAAUUACCGCCAUAAAAACGGCCUCAAUGGGCGCCUAGAAAUAUCCAAAAGCGGACUCAAAGUCCGAUAUAAAGGAGACAAAGGCGAUCUAGAACAACUCAACCCAUUCCCCACCAUAGCGGUAUGGUCAGCCGUAAAGUUCGUCGUCCAACCCUCAGAGGACGACGACCACGAUCUGUGCUACGCCUUCCUGCCCCUUAUCACCGAUCCUGAUAACAUCGACCGACAAGCCCUUUUCAAAACUUUAGAGUCACCAGACAAAAAGUAUAUCCUCUCCCACAACGAAAACUCGCAUUCACCCCUUUUCGCUGUAGUGAUGAGGAAGAUCGGCGUCGCGAAGCAACUGGAGUGUCAUGGGUUUGUAUGUCAGACGACAGAGGACGCUAUCGUGAUAGCGGCCACGUUAUACAAAUCGCUGAUGGCGCACAUGAGCCGGCAGGGUCACAAUGACAAGAAGAAGCUGAAGAAUCGAAACGGAGUCAGCUGUAUGAGCGUUGGAAGCAGCAUGUCGCCAAACGAAAUACCUAUCAGGCCGCCGCGCAAGAAGAGAAGCACGUCUUCCAUGAGCGGCGACAGUGACCGAGCAGACGGGUUCUCUGCCUGCGAAUCCUUCUCGGAGAAGCACAAGUUGGAAAGGACGAAGAAGAUCUCUUCAGAGAGCCUGCCGCGCCCUCCCCCACCUCCGUCGAUCCACCCCGCCGAUGUUAAGAGAAUCACAGUUGAAGAAGUUAAAGCUAAACUGGAUUCCAUAAAAUAUAACGACACAAGUGGCAGCGACACGCAGGGCUCUAAAAAGUCCAUGAAGAAACCUCAGAACCCUAGUCUUCGACAGAUACAGAAUCUGAAACACGUGCACAGUAGUGAAUCGUCCGUUCGUAGUAAGGUUUCCGAGAAAAUAGAACUGUUUAGAGAAUUGGAACGAAGGAAAAAUUUACAGAGACCACCGACUUUACCUCCUCCGAUACCUAUGAAGCCGCCUUCGGAAGCGCCGCCGGAGCCGCCCAAGGAGCCUCUGCGGAGAAGUCAGAGUGGACGCAAGUCGAUCAAUGAAUCCGGCGACAUAUUGACAAAAGUGGCCAUUCCUCGCUCGGGUAGCUUCCUCAACGCGGGCGGACUGACUAGGUACAAGUCGAUUGGACACAGAAAUAACGGUAAAAAGGGAGGAGGUUCACCGUUAGGGUUCAAUGAACUUUUUAAUGAAUUCAAAGUUCAGGAGAACUUGCAUUCGAUGGACGAGAUCCUGAACGCCAUAAUAGACGCCGAAGGGAUGUCCUUUAAUGAUCUGAAACCGAUUUACAAAGAAUUCCUAUUGAAACUAGCUGUGACCUUGACGAAAGACGAAAUAUUUCAGCACAGCAAAGCGAUCAUGAAGAAACAGAAAAAGAAGAUUUUAAGAAGAAAUAGUAUGUUUCAAAAUAAGAGAAGAAAGAUACUAAAAGGCGCGAGUGGUUUACGAAUGGUCUUCAGGUUACCAUUCGGCAAAAAUGUGAAGAGUAAAGAGAGCAAAAACCCUGGUUCUUUAGACUUAGCUAAAGACCCUCUCUCCGAAAGUUCCGUAUCUACCUCUAGUUACGAUUUACGGCAGUUUCGCCCCAAGGAGCCGAUUCUACCUCCUCCAAAGCGCCAGCCUUCAAGACAACGACAUUCCAAAAGAUCAGACAAGAUUGUCCAUGUUUCAAAAAGAACUGGAAAAUCUAGACAUGGGGAAAGGACGUCGACGUCAGAAGACUCAGACUUUCUUACCUUGAGUAAUAGGCUAGGAUGUCAGAAUAGGAAUAGUUCUAGCGGUUACGUGUCGUGUUCGGAAUGUGAGUCGGAGAGCUGUGUAGACCGAUGCUACUGUUCUCUGAAGGGAGGGAGCAAGUCUAAAUGUUAUUGCUCCGUAAUGCCGCCUGAAGAGUCAGCGAAAUCCAGGCUUUUGAGCAAAAGCAGAAGCUGUAAGGAAUGUGUAAAGGAAUGUUACGAAGGCGACUUCAGUUACUGCUCAUGUGACUCCGAGAGCUGCGCCGACAGUAACAAAUGUUACUGCCCCGGACCACGUAGGUUACAAGCAGCGCAGAGCAUGGAGUAUCUGCGCAGUCCAGUCAGCUCCUACUGCGAUAGGAUGCAGCCAGAAGACAAGAGUGGCAGAACCAGUAGAUGGGGCGGCAGCGCCGGUGGACGGCGGCGACGCGCGCGCAGCUCGGAGGGCGUGGCGCUGGACUACGAGCUGCUGCUGCAGAACAAGCCGCGCUACAGGAACAUGCAGCGACUCACUGUCCGCAGCACAGGCGCGGGCUCGCACGAGGCUCUCUCAGUGAAGAAGUCUGCGGAGAUGGCGGCGCUGUUCGCCGACGUGCGCCUGUCGCAGCGCACCGACGUGCGCGCCAUGCGACGCGCUGCGCUCACCAGGAAUGCCAGCCUGGAGGAUACACUCGGGUAUUUACCGUAGAUAGCGUAGUUUUUGUCAAAUAUCUUGUCAACCUAAUGAGAAACGCCAGUCUUGAAGAUAUGCUGGAGUACUUGCCUUAGAUACGGAAUGUAGUUUUUGUCAAGUAUAUUAACGUAGGGCAUAGUUAUGCUGUGGCAACCUCACACGCAACACCAGUCUGGAAGAUACCCUUGGGUAUUUACCCUAGACAGAUGACGUAGUUUUUGUCAAAUAUUUUUUCAACCUAACUAGAAACGGUAGCCUUGAAGAUAUGCAGGGGUACUUACCCUACAUAGAUGACGUAGUUUUUAGCAAAUAACUUUGAUAUGGUGUGCAAUUUUGCUGCGUCACCCUCACUAAGAACGCCAGCCUCGAGGACACGCCAGGGUACUUACCCUAGAUACGUUAUGUGGUUUUUGGCAAAUCUCCUUGAUACGAAUGAGUAUUUAUCGUAGUUAAGCACAGAUAAAUAAUUUGACACAGGAAGUAGUUUAUGUAAAAUUAGAUUGAUAUGGUGCGUAGCUUUUGUCAAAUUACUUGAUACUGGUCUUAGUUUUUGUAAAUUAACUUGAUAUGGAUGAAGGUUUUGUCAAAUUACCUUAAUGAGUUUAAUAAAUGAAAUUAUGUAUAACAUUCACACGUCAUUCAAUCCAAAACGACACACAUCUUCACAUCUUACAGAAUCAAUUAAUUGAUGUACAUCAAACACAAACUGUACGUAGAUGUCUGGACAUAAUGUCUGGACACUAUGUCCUAGAUAUGUAUACUAUUUUGUAAUAUUCCAAAUAUAUACACCUAAUAUAUAAGCGUAAAUAUAUACGUAAAUAACAUUCCAAUAAAUUAAAAAUAUGACUUAAAAGAAGGCCAUUGUCAACUAUGUAUUUUCAGAAAUAAAUAAAUAUUACUAUUACAAAAUAUGUACUUACAAAAUUUUUUACCAGGCAUGAAGCAAGGAAAAAUAUUUUAUACAGUGAAAACCUUAACCAAAAUAUAAAAAAAAAUAUCCAAAUAAUUGGAAGGUGCAAUAUUAUAGCCAAUAUAUAUACAUAUAUGUUUUAACAAAAAGUGCAAUAUUUUUAUGACAAAAUAUUUUAUAGGUGUAUUCAAACAAUUACUCGAAACGUUCUAUUGACGUUUCGAUUACGGAAACGGGAUUAUUUUGAUUAUAGUCCUAAAAUCAAGUUCACAAGCUCCAUACAUUUGUUGGUCCGAAUAUCGUACCAAUACUCUGAAAAUAUAUUUUUGGAGAAAAUGUUUAAGCUAUAUUUACAUAAUAUUUUCUUUUUAUUUCAAAAUGAGAGCAAUAUGCAAUUGUUUUUCAUAAUAGUAAAAAAUAUUGUGUAAAUAAGGCUUAAAAUAAUAUGACAGACAGUUUCCUCAAUUUAUAGUGAAAAAAAACUUGUAUAUUCACAUAUUUUACUAGUUUUUGUAUCUCAUACACGUAUACCACCUUAUUUUAUAAUAAGGCUAAAAAGUAUAUCGAAUGUUAAUAUUAAAACUAUGUAUGUAGUUAUUUAUUUUUUGAAAAUAACCUUUAUACAUAGAUUAAUUAAGUGUACAGGGUGUGUAUUGAAUAAAACACGUCACAUAAUAUAAUUUCGAUUCUAUAUAAAUUUUCUAAAUAUCAAACAUGUAUUUACGUU